GUGUGUGUGCGAUGGAUUUUUUGGAAGAGUGGACGUGUUACGUCAGUGCAAUAAAUUGUUUAUUUGCCAAAAACUUUAUUUAAUAAUCGAUUUCCAUGAAAUCCGAUACGUUUUUUAGAUUCAGAAUGAACCGUUUUAGCGUUUAGGUGAUUUAUUUGAAGCGGGACGCUUUCGAGGCGUAGUAAAAAUAGCUUUCGAAAUGACCUCUAUGCCCAACCCUUUUGAUAAAGUCUCUUUGUAGUGCUAUUGGUAAUCUUGGGAUUUUUUUUGCAAGCCACCCUUCGACCAUCAUAAAAAUGCUACAUUAACCCUUGCUAAACAAAAAUGAUGAACAAAGACAACUACGACAUCUACCGUCAUCUGGCCAGGGCCCCAAAAACCAACGGCGCCCUGGAUUUACUAACAGGCCUGCAGGACCGCGAACGGGGCCGCGGCAGCAACCGAGAAAACAUCGGCCUUUUUGCCGAAGAACAGCUGGUGCGAAAAACCGAAAUGAAAGAGACCCGGUGCGAAAUGCCCGGAAUGCCUCGCUCAACUUUCUUGAUGGUUUUCAGUCCUGAUUGUACCAUAGCCGCUUCAACUCACGGCAAUCACAACAUUUCUGUAACCGAUUUGAGGAGCGGCAAAAACAUAAAAACUUUGGUCGGACAUCCGAGAACGCCUUGGUGCAUCGCUUUCCAUCCUACGAGCAAUCAAAUUGUGGCUUCGGGUUGUCUCGGAGGCCAAGUGAGAAUUUGGGAUCUCAGCGGAGGCAGCGAAGUUUGGACAACUCCAAUACAAUCGGUGAUUGCGUCACUUGCAUUCCACCCCAAUGACCGAGUUUUAGUAAUUGCAACUUGCAAUCAAGUGUUUUUUUGGGACUGGAACCAACCGGAACCUUUUGCGCAUGCUGCUACAAGUCAUGCAAAAGAAAAUGUUCGUUAUGUUGCUUUUGAUAAACUUGGCCACAAGUUAAUCACUGGGAUUGCUAAUAGUCCAAUGACUCGUUGGGAACGGGUCAGAGCACCAGUACCAGUGCCGAGACAGGAAAGUUGCGCCAGUUCUUACAGGCGCAGAAUCACUCAGAGAUUAGUUUCUUCUACUGCUUCUAGAACUCCACCUGAACCUGAACCAGAACCAGAACCAGAAGAACCUCCUACUGAUGGCAAUAGCGUUGUGCCAGAACGAGAACGCAGAAUUACUAGAUGUUAUAGGAAUUUAGUAAGAGAAUACGAGCGGUUGGUGCAAAGAUAUUUGCAAUUAUACAGGCCACCAACGAUGAUUGAUCGAGGUACCGAUCCUAUGGAACCAAGUCACUUGAAUAAUGGUACUCAAACGGCCAAUAGGAGCAAUGACGAUGCUGUUGCAGGUCCUAGUGGGCUACAACGUCCAUCAACGUCACACUCUUCUCAGAACCUCAUAACGCCUAGUAGGAUGUUUUUGGUUGGCCGAAAGCCUCCUAGUUCCAUUAGAGGUACUCAGACUAAAGAGUCCAGGAAACAUAAGGCGAACAGUAAAGAGGCAAAUUUGAAAAAUGAAAAACGAAUGAGGCGAGACGAUGAUUCUAGCGAUGACGAUGAUGAUGAUGAUGAUUCAAGUUUAGAUGAUAGGAAAAAAUUGGUAGUUGUUUUGGAAAGGUUACCGUUGGAGUCACAACAAGAAAAUGCUAGUGGUUCGCAACAAGCUACUUCUGGAAGUUCACAAGGGGAUUCCAAUAGUGGUAGUAUUGCAGAUGCCAUACAAGGAUUGUCAACAAUUGCAUCAGAACUUCCAGGUUCUCAAUUCGACAACGUAGUUCCUCCAGGUAGACCUGGCAGUAGCGGUUACAAUGAAAGAUUCAAUAGGUACAUUUCGGCUAAUAAAGAACGGAUUCAGGAAUUCCGUCGUAAAAAUUUACGUGCCCGAAAGACUAUGAUACCUCCACAAAGAGUAGCUCACCAAAGAGUACCUUACAACACUCCACAAAAUACCCCUGCACCAACUGUAUCUUCACAGGCUAGAGAACGAGAGCCCGAAACUGGUUCGAAUUUAGAAGAAGAUCAUCAAAGAAAUUUCGUGCAACUAGUAGACCGUAUCCGGCAAACAGCAGAAGAAGAAGUGCGAAGCAGGAUUUUGCCCAUUAUACAAUCAGUGCCUCAGCCAGAUAGGGCAGAGAUACUACGACUUUUCGAAAACAGUCGCGAAAAUGUCAGAAGACGUUUCAGCCAAAUGUACCCUAGAGUAUUACGUCGAGGCACUCGCAGAUCAUCUACCCCAAGAGUUGACGGUUCUACAGAUAACAACAACAGCAGCAGUUCAGACGCUGAGCCUUCCGAACCAACAACCCCUCCUCCUAGAUCACCUCCAUACGAUCCUUCAUCGCCGCAAUACUCACCUACAAUGCCACCGUUCGAACCUCCACCACACCUAUACGAACCUACAUCACCAGACUCUUUACCUUCACCGCCACCACUAGAGCCUAUACGUUUCGAGCGUGACUACCAUGAAGAACUAGAACAGCUGGUGACGUCAUUGCUCAACAAUAUUGAUAGUAACGAUGAAAGUGGAGUAAAUGAUCCUUAUCCGGUGCCUCCUGCGCAAAGUACCAGUGCGCGCACAAGGCCAAACAGGGGCGUGUCUUGGUUGAGAGAAGCAGAAAACGAAAUCUAUUCGAGAAGGCUUGCAGCUACCAAUAUGAUAAUGGAUCAAGCUGCAGCGUUUGACAUUAUGCAGCAAAUUCCUAGUUCACUGGAGGAAAAUGCUCCGCCGAUGCUUGAAACUUGGGUCGAACAAGGUCCGCCCGAUGCUUCUCCAAUGAGACGGGCUUUUUUCCAUAGAGCUUCGGCUUUUAUGCCUACCAGGGUGAAUUAUUCAAGAUCCAGAUCCAUGCGUAGGCUUCCUCAUUACGGAAGUGGAAGAUCAGGUACUCCUAGAACCCCAGGAACGCCGUCCCUAUUCCUAGACGAAAUAAUCGAUUACGCCGCAAGGGAAAGAGAAUCCGCCGCAAGGGCGAGAGCAAUGGAAACUGCCGCAAGACUCGCAAGAGCAAGGGAAACGGCCGAAAGGGAUAGGGAAACGGCAAGGGCAACUGCCGCUAGGAUAAGGCAAACGAUGGAAAGGGAAUUAGCCGCAAGAGUACGAGAAACUUUAGAGCGGGAAUUGGCGGCAAGGUCACGGGAAACUAAUCAAAUUGACCCUGACGCAAGGGCAAGGGAAACUAUCGAAAGAGCAAGGGAAUUAGUUGCAAGAGAAAGGGAAUGUAUUUCAAGGGCAAUCCAAAAUGCCACAAGAGAAAGGGAAUUUUCUCCUCCAUCUACUGAAAGUGACAUUUUGCCACCUUUAGAACCACUUCUACCACCUCUGGAACCUGUUUCGCCUUCAAAUCCCAAUCCGGACAGUGGUUCAUCUACUAUCGGUUCCAUAUAUUCAAACAUCGUCCAGGAUUUGGAAUCGUCUCUAAACGAUGUGAUGAACAUUAGACGAGCAGGUAGUAGAUCUGGUGAAACUGCUGGUAUUUUGAGUAGUUUUUCGGAUCGGUUGGAUAACAUUAUGACGCAAUCGAAUACUAUAUUGAGGCAACUGAGGACUACUAUGGAUAGGUUGCCUAGUGGCUAUCACGAACCCUGGUCCGGUAUUCCUUUGGAGUUUGCGGAUAAUAUACCGGAAAACUUACGCCCAGUGGCAAGUGAUCACACUUAUCCGCGUGAUCCUUGGAACUCUUUGAAUGAACUACAUCCUGCUUUGAAUUCCCUACAUUUGACCAUUACGCACAUUCAAAAACAGGCUAGACUAUUAAGACGACAGGUGCAAAGUAUUGAACGAGUGGACAGGGCGAUGUUGGAAGUGACGCAGUUGCAAGUCAUGCGUCAGUUGGUCAUGGAAAUGGUGCGUCAUUUCCGGACUUUGUCCGGCGACGUCCAGCCGGCGGCCGGCAUGUCCAGCGUACGUCAAAUGAUGGCCGGCACUCGGAUUAGCGAUUCUGGUCCGCGUCAGGCUCAAGAGGACGGCGGCGCUAGAAGACGGACCCAAUCACGUACAAGUUCGAGUACAACUUCGAAUAUAGACCUGCCCGGAACCAGUACCGGUGGUCCAACUCAGCCCCGAAGAAGCUCGAACCGGAAAACUUACCCGCCUUCGAGGUUCGUCGGCUUCCUCAGACAACAACAUCAAAGUCAACCCCAAACCCCCAGACGCGCGCAUCUGGUCCGAUGUCUGACUCGUUUUGAAAGGUGCAUCAUGCAAAUGCAACAAACCAGAUCAGGGGCGGCGCCGCCCAGUUUCCGCAGCGGCCACAGCAAUCCCCAUUUGUUCAACUAUUCGCAAAUCACUUCGACAACACUGACUUCGAUGACUACGAGGCUGGAACGAUUACUGACUGAACAAAUGAGGAUAUUUACUAGGGCGCCUGACGCGCCGCCACUGCCUACUGCACGCAAUGCUGUAGACUUGGCUGAACACAUUAUGUCUUUGAGGUUGCACGGGUGCGUUUUGCGCAUGACGAGAGUAUUAGGGAAUAGUAUUGAGUCGAGUUUGUUGAGGAAUGCUAAUGCGCCUGGGCGGGAAAAUGCUGCUACCCAAGAUGGCGCUGCUAGAUAUGGUGCUCGUCAUACAUUAAGCCUGAUAUUAGACGGUAUGAGUCGUUACAUCGAAGAACUUGGCAACAAUGGAAUUUCAAACAGCAUGCGCAUGCAAAUCAAUGGCGUUUUAGCCAUGGCCCUUUUGCUAACUGAACUGUUGCUGCUCCAAGUUGUCGACUCUGUUCCGCCCCCAUCACGUCACGGUUUAGACCCGGAACGCGAAGCUUUAGCCCGACGAAUUGACGAAGUUUGCACUGCAAUGUUACAGACCAGAAUGCCUGUUCGGUCGGCGCAGCUGACGCGCAGCUUGCGGCUGAUGCGCUUGACGAUGCGUCACGCGAACCGGGCUUUAGAUCAGACGUACGUUACGCGCAGGAAUGCGAUGUUGCCGAGACCGGAUACGGACAGGAGGCAACUUUUAGGGACAAUAAACAGAUGUUUGAGACACAUAAACAGGACUCAGUCUGAUAGUCAACCAGAUGUUGGGGGACAAAAUCAGGCAACGCCGCCGCAAACGUCGAACGCUUCUGAACAGGAUCAGAGUGAAUCUGUUCUGAAUACCAUGAACGAACUGUUGGCAAGGUAUUCUUCCAGUUAUCAAGAAAUGAGUAGUUCUAAUGAAGCUGCUGCUUCUACUGUAGAAGGCGCUCAGACUACUAGUAGAGAAAGUGCUGCUCCGACUUAUAAUGAUAAUACUGAUGAAGAAGCGGAAGACGCAUCGGCACCCGGUUGGUUCUACUACAGAAACAGGAAUAACAACGGUAGACAAUCCAGCCCGUUGUACCGUACCCACCACGUUAAUUUGGCGCCUCGCAACGUGCCCUCGAUCCAAGUCAACGCCGGGCCCGUUCCCGAACCGGAAUCGUUCUCCCAACGAUUGAUGUCGCACCGGCAAAUUUUCGCCGAACGCGUUUCAGAGUUGAGAUCCAAUCAAGCUGCUCGAGGUUUGUUCAGGCCCCGCUUCUUACACCCUUUGUACGCCAGCGUCAACCCGUUCGACUCAGACCUGGACGAUCCUCAGCGCGAGCAAAUGUACGACAGUGACGUUAUCACAACCGUAACGCCCAAUCACAGGAUCCAAGCUUGGGACAUUUCCAAUUGGACCGUACCAUCCAUCAGCAAUUCAAUUAAAAAUGUAAUUGUAAGCGAAUGCAGGAUUCACAAUGACGCAAGCGUCGAUAUUGCAACUGACGGGACGAUUUUAGUUACUCUGUUGCCUUCCGGAGGAUAUUUGAAUGUCACCAACCGUUUAGGAGUCUACAGUUUACGUUGGGAAACUUUGGGCCAAUGUUUGUAUACAACAAGUUUUGAACAAAACGCAGUUUCAGUCUCAUUGUCACCUUUAAGUCGUCAUCUAUUGGUUGGAUUUGCUUCUAGAAGAGUUUCACUUAUGCCCAGUGAUCGAUGGAUUAUGGCCAGAGUAUAUAGGAUUGAUCAAAAAGACGUGCCCGGAGAUAGAUUGCCAGUAUUAAGAGAAUUGGAACAAUCUAGGGAGAAUCGUAUUAAUUGCAUUAGAUGGCUGCCGACUUCCGGACAGGGUCUGAUUUAUGCGACCAAUACAGGCCAAUUGGUUAUUUUGUCUUAAAUUUAAUUUUGCUUUUUAUUUUUUUCUGCUUCGCUUUGAUAUAGGUUUAAGCGAAUGAUAUUUGAAUGACUGAUUUUUAUUUAAAAUUGCUUUUAAAAAACACUUUUUUUUUGUUGCUGUGACAGUGUUUGUUAAAUGUAUUAGCUUUGUUCCAACACAGCAAGAAACCGUACAACGUACCGUCACGAUUCUGAGCAAAACCUAAAAUUCGACGGUUUUUUGACGUGUUGGAACAAACCUAUUAUUACAGUGAUAUUGUUUUAGUAAUAAGUAUUUCUUUAUGUAAGAAUUAAUUGUUUUUUUUUUUUUUCGGUUUAACUUAAGGGUGCUUUUUCUUCUUAUUUUGUGCUUUUUUUAUCACUGUUUAAUAUUACCCUCGUGUAGUUGUUUAAUAUAAUCAUCAGUCAAUGUAUAACUAGAAUUCUAGAAUGAAGUUUAAUUUUCCACAAGAAAGAAAAAAAUGGUUGAUUUUCUUAGUUUUCUAAUUGUAGCAUUGGCUGAAAUUUUGUUUUAAAAUUUAAUAUAGCUAUUAAGCAUUGUAUAUUCGUAAUAAAUGAAUAAUAUAGUUUAGGUCAUUCAUUUA